CAAAUAUCUGAUAUAUCUCCCUUUCCAUCCUAUAUCUUCCUCUUCUAUCAUUCCUGCCAGAAUCCUUAUCCGGAAAACGAGGGAAUCCCAUUUUCUGAUAGAUUGAAUGCCAAAUUUUUUGAAUCAGGCAUCAAACGUUCAUCACACGAAUCUCAGUGAAUUUAUGUAAAUAUACAACUGAAAAGCUGCGAUGGGCGAAGAAGCGAAAAUUGGUGACUACGGCGGCGGAAAUGAGGACAGGGUGGCGGAGUGGGAGGAAGGCCUUCCGAGCGCAGAUGAUCUCACUCCACUCUCACAGGCGUUGAUCCCGCCGGAAUUGGCUUCGGCGUUUCGGAUUCCUCCGGAGCCGUGUAGAACUAUGCUGGACGUUAAUCGCGCAUCGCAGUCGGCGUUUUCUUCUCUCCGGGGAGGUCAGUCUCAAACGCUCUCAUCAUCUCCGAAUAAUUUGAAUCUCAAGCCGCUCAGCGAUGAGAGGAACAGGGAGCAGAUCUCCGCGGACGACGACACGGAUCCGAGCCGGGACGGAUCCGAAUCGAGGAAGACAAGGAGGAUUGAGUUCGGAGGGGGAGCGGAGGAGGCCGAUUCGCCGACUCCGAACGAGAGUGGCGCCGGCGACGAUCCGUCGGGGAAGUCGCAGAAGAGACCUAGGCUGGUGUGGACGCCGCAGCUGCACAAGCGGUUCGUGGAUGUGGUGGCGCAUCUCGGGAUAAAAAACGCGGUUCCGAAGACGAUUAUGCAACUGAUGAACGUGGAGGGGCUGACGCGGGAGAACGUCGCGAGCCAUCUGCAGAAAUACAGGCUGUACCUGAAGAGAAUGCAAGGAUUGUCCAACGAAGGACCUUCCUCCUCCGAUCAUCUGUUUGCCUCCACGCCGGUGCCGCCUCAAACCACACAGGAUUCCGGCGGCAGCGUCCACCCAAUCCCACCCAUUCCAAUUCCAUUUCCGGCUCUGCCCCAGGUGCAGAUGAUGCCAAUGCCCGUGAUCGGGAUGCCGGCUCAGGGGCACAAUGGGCAUUUCGGGAUUCCAAACGGCGGAGCAUCAAAUGCCUUCCACCAUCACCAGUACAAUCUGAUGCAGCAGAGAGGUUGGGCAGGGAGCAGAUAUGGUGCAUAUCAUAAUCUUUCUCCUGCAGAUUAAUAAUGCUGUGGCUCAAGAACGAUUGAGGCUACUCUAAUAAUGAGCCAUUUGCUCCAAGAAGAUUCCAAUUCCAGUUCAAUAUUUUGGGGAAUUCUACUACUAUACCAUUAAGUUGGUACCCAGCCCCCUAUUUUGUGCAUUUUCCAAAAUUAGGAAGAGGGGGUGCUCAAUUGGACCAAUACUGUUUCGCGCUCCUCGCCGGGUAUCAAUUCCUCCCCAAAAAUGCUCACGGGUUGAUUCGAAAAAAACAAGGUUGCUGGGGUUUUCAUUGUUUUCUAAGAAUUUUGGGAUAUUGCAUUUGCUUUAAAGGGAGGGUCGGGUUUCUUGGGUGGGAUUGUGAUUGUGGAGCGUGCUAAGAAAUACUGCUCUCUUUG